AUGCAGUGGAUAGAGGUGACAUAUGCAGGUCUGAUGAUAAGUUCCAGUUUGUGCUCUGUUUGUGGGAACACCGUACUGCUUCUCCUGCUGCUGUCUGACAGGAACCUGCAGACUGAGACAUGGACCCUGACGCUCAGUUUCAGCCUGAGUGAUCUGGCACUUGGACUGUCCACCAUCCCUUUCGGAGCCCAUAACAGCCUGUUCCGGCCACAGGGAUAUGCCAGCUCGAGCGCGCUGUGCCAAGGCAGUGCUUUUCUUUUCCUGCUGCUCCAGUUGGCCUCAGUCCACUCACUUACCUGGGCCACCAUUGACAAGUUCACGGAGAUCUGCUUCGCUCUCAAAUAUCCACGAAUCUUCAAUGCCCGCAGAACCAGAGUGAUUCUCACAGUCAUUUGGAUUUAUUCACUCUUGAAUGCAUCUCUCCCAUUGCUGGGUUUUGGAAAUUAUAGCUACAGCAGCAGCAGGUUUCUCUGUGCUCCCAGUUUUGAGCCUGCCAACACUGGCUUCAAUAUGUUUUUCAUAGUAGUGGGAAUCAUCAUGCCCAUUCUGGCAAUGUGCUCCAUGUAUGGCUACAUUGUGUACAUAGCCAGGAAUCAAGUACGACGAGGGACAUUUGUUUGCAACGAACACCACUGUUUUUAUGUGCCUGCAAAUAAUUAUUUCAAGAGCUCCAUUGUCAUGGUGACAACCACAGUGUGUCUGCUCAUUUGCUGGCUGCCAUACAUCACCAUCUGCUUCUAUGAGACUCUAACCGGAAGCGAGAGCCCUCAACCCGCUUCUGCUAUAGCCACCUGGCUCGUGCUCUUCACCUCCACACUCAACCCAUGGAUCAACUCCAUGUCCCAGACGUAA